UGGUCUGUUGAGGAUGUCACAGAGUGUCUGAAGAACAAGAUGGCAAGUCAGAAGAGGAAGAAGUCACUCUUCACUUGGAUGCUCGUUCUAGGAUGCUUGGCUGUGAGGAACACCCAGGCAGCCCACCACAGCCAUGACUUCCAUUUCACUGCAAUUGGCACAGCAAGGUCUCUCUUGAACCUCAUCGUGAUCAGCUCUGUGGAUGAUGUUCAGCUAUGCUACUACAACAAACAGAACCAACAAGUAGUGAUGAAGGCAGCCUGGAUGUACCAGGCCCUGGGAGCCAAUGAGAUUGAACAAAAACAUAAGAAGUUGAUAAGCCUUGAGAAAAGCUUCCACUGGGCCUUCAAGAAUUUGAUAAAGAAUGAGACCAACGGUGAGAAGAACCACACGCUGCAGGUCUUUGUAGACUGUGAACUAGACAAGGACAUUCAGGUGAGCAGCCAGUUCCAGUUUGCUUUGGAUGGGGAAGACUUCUGCCAGAUGGAUGAGCAACUAGGGCGUUGGGUGGCCAUGAAGCCUGAGGCCAAGCGCUUCAAGCCCCUCUGGGACAGUGCCCUCUGGAACAGGCUGGUGAAACACUAUAUACAAGAAGAUUGUAUCGACAUCAUGAAGAAAAUCCUACAGUAUUCAAGCAUGAGGGAAAAUGUUCCCCCUGAUGUGACGGUGUCCCGACAUGAUGCUCCUGAUGGCAGAGUCACCCUUUUCUGCAGGGCCUCUGGCUUCUACCCACGCUCCAUCAUGCUUCACUGGGAAAGGGAUGGAGCACCGGGUGUGUGGGGACAGGAGAGCUCCAGUGGCACCCUGCCCAAUGGCAAUGCCACCUUCUACCUCCAAAUCAUCCUAGAACUCCCGCCCAGUGACCCUGGGACAGGUUACGUCUGCGUGGUGGAGCACAGUGAGCUACAGACUCCAGCCACAUUCCCAGUCCCUGGGAAGCCAUCUAUGGAGAGGCCUUGGGUCACUGUCCUGAGCAUCAUGGCAGUCAUCAUCCUGGCGCUGAGCUGCGUGGGGGCCUUCAUCACAUGGAAGAAAAGGAAGACAGCUGCUCUGCAACAGAAGAAUGUGGGAGAGCAGCAGGCUUUCUGCAUUCUCUUCAUGGCUAACUCUCCCCUCCGCCAUGCUGCUAACCAUCAAUAG